UGCAGAAUUUCGUUUUUUUUUCUUCUCUUAAUGUAAAUUAAGACAUGUUCAGCCAAUAAGAAAGCGAUCCGAAAUCAAAACAAGACGAAAAUCAGAAGCUGGUUGGGUAACAGCUAGAAGCUACAGUUUAGUAGUUCCAAAACGCCAUAAUCAAUACAAUUCAACAUUACAGUAACGUGAACGUUAGAACAUGCCUCACUGGGUCUGCUGCAACUCCUGUUUCAACCCCCCUGAUCCUGACCGCAAACUAGCGGUUACCACCUGUGGUCAUGUCAUUUGCAAUGUGUGUUUUCAAAAAGGCAAGCAAGGCGAAUGCAUGAUAUGCAAGACAAAAUGUCAAGUUAAUCCUCUGUCAGACAAAAGUAGUACAGAAGUCAAGGCCCUUUUCUCUGACAUCAAUUCUGUUGCAACCAAACAUUUCACAGAAAUAAGCAAGGUGUUACUAUUCCAGGCAAGGCAUCAAAAGAGACUUUUGGCCCACUACCAGCAGAGGAAUGACAAGUUAAAAGAAGGUUUGCUCAAGAUGAAGCAGGAAAUGCAAGAAAUGUCCAAAAAAAUUGCAGAGCAGAAUGCAUAUAUUGCCAAGCUGGAGAGCACUCUUCAGCAUCAAAGUGCAAAAGCAGCUUCUACAUCUUGGUUAAACCAUGGUGGUAACAGUCCUCGCCCAAAACAAAUGCAAAUACCCUUCAACUCACCCAUUUCCCUCUCUUGCCACUCAUCUACUACAAGUCUGGCAGAAAACAUGGAGGUGGAUGGCAGGGGUCUUUUUAGGAAACCAGAGCUAUCUGGAAGCAUCCAGAGGGUGUCUUUGAUCAGCCCUCCACAGGAUGGCCGGAUGGGUACUAUCCCCUAUCGAUUGGCCAAUCAGAACACCAUGGUUAACCACACGGCUCGCUCAGCCACUGUCAGGCGUAUGUCCGAGCUGAAAAUGACCCCUAAUCUGCCGUACCGAAGGGACACAGGGUGGGAGACGCCUGUGUUCAAGCCUCCCUCGACCUCCAAAUACUCCUCCAUGUCUUCCCUGGCCGUGUCCUCUCUGAGGGUCAACUGCCCCCCACCAUAACGCCGUCCAGCACCAGACACCAGGAGGGCAAAACGUUUCAAAUCCACUUCCACGCCUCCUGCAAAUUGCUCAUCUACAGUAUUAAAAUCACUUGAACUCUCACUGCGGAGGGACCAGCUGUGGAAUAGGAAAAUGGAACCCACCACACAGGGUCAAGAACAGUUUGGAAGCUGUACACUUGGUUGUAUGCAUGUGGUGUUUUGCACAGUACUCGUCACAGGUUUGGGUGUGUCUGACCUUUUAAAAGGUACUCUACAAAGUCAGUCCAUACAUAUAACAUUAAAUAUUAUUACAUUAAUUCAUUGAAAU